AUAGUUAAUUAUUUCUUAAAAAGUAGAACAAUGCUUAAGAAUAUUCAAAGAUUACUUUGGCAUAAGUAUAAGGCCUAUUGUAUGGUAGAACUAAAUAUGUUCAGAUUUUUUAUGAAAGUGCUAUGAACUCUGUGAAUACAAGACAAUAUUCUUAUAAAAUGGAUAUUGGAAUUGUUAAAAUUGCUGAGGAUAAGGAUUUUGAGAAGUUGAAGCAUUUGUAUGAUAAUAAUAAUGACUGGAAAUUAGAUUACAAUAAACCUGAUUUGUCUGUUUGGACAAAGUCUGUACCAGGAAUUAGUUUUAGAAUGGUAAAGAUUAGAACUCGAUUUCCCGAUGUUCUGCCAGAAACUUUAUAUGAUGUAUUACACGAUCCGGAAUAUAGAAAAGUUUGGGAUACGCAUAUGAUCGAAUCAAAAGAUAUAGGCUUUUUUAAUCCAAACAAUGAUAUUGGUUAUUAUUCUAUGGCCUGCCCAUCUCCAUUGAAAAAUAGAGAUUUUGUUCUGCAAAGAUCGUGGCUUGAUACCGGUAUUGAGCAGUUGAUUCUAAAUCAUUCUGUUUUUCACAAAGAUUAUCCACCAAGAAAACAAUUUGUGCGGGCAACAUCUUAUCUCACAGGAUAUAUUGUAAGACCAUCGCGAAAUGGCGAUGGUUCAGAACUGGGUUAUGUAUCUCAUACCGAUCCGCAUGGAAAGCUACCAGUUUGGCUAGUAAAUAAAGUUACGCAAAUAUUUGCUCCAAGAAUGGUUAAAAAAUUACAUAAAGCUUCGGUAGCUUAUCCUAACUGGAAAUUACUAAAUAAUCCAAAUUACAAACCAUGGCAUUUUCCUGAACAAAUCGCUGCACCUCGAAUACGGAUAGAAGAUUGUAUAAAGUCUGUCGAAGAAAGGAAUUCAAAAAAUCAUUAUGUCGACGAAUCAGAAUUAAAAGAGUCUGGUAUAAUGGACAGCGAUUAGUUUUUCUCCAAUAAGAAAGUACACUUUUACGUUGCUAGGAUUAGAGAAGUUGCUAGGAAUAGUUCUAGCUAUUAAAUGCAGUAUUAUAAUACUGUAGAGUCUCUGAAAAUCUUAAUUGUUGUGUCAUACGUGCGUGCGUGCGUAUAUACAGGUAUCUAAUUUAACAUCAUUAAAACGUUGAGUGUCAAUCUCACUCAUAAGUUUCACUUACGCCUAAUAUUGCAUAGGCGUUUAAGGUUAUUUUCAACGUUGGUUCAAAUUAUUGAGUAAAAAUUAGGAACAUUCGAUUCUUUAAUAGUGAACCAAUUAUUCUACGGUAUGUCUAAUGAAAUUAAUGCUGUUCAAAACUGUAUAAAUAUUACGGUCUAUUUAUGGUAAGUGUUUUAAAGAAACUUAUGUUCGAAGAGUCAGUCAUAGAUGGUUAGCACAGUCUUAAUAGAAAGUCUAGUGCUGGUGAUCUCCAUGGCAUUCAACAUGUCAUUUAUAUUAUUAAUAAUGGUAGAUAUUAAUAAGUUUAUUGCUAUAAUGAUGCUUACUGCAAUAAGUGGCAGUGUGAAUAACAGAAUAUAUUGCGGCCUGCAUCGCGUUAAAUAUUACUAGUCAUGGCUUGUUAUCGAUUUGAAGUUGUAUGUAUUGUUGAAAUCGUAACUUAUUAUAUAUGCUACAACCUCCAACAUAUAACGCACAAUACGUAAGUUGUAAUUUCAAAUUUGCGUUUAUAUGCAUUUAUUUAUGCGAGGGUAUAAGCAUUAUACAAAUACUACAAUUUUGAUGAGAUGAUAAUUAUCACUAAAGGUACAAAAUUUACAUGUUAUCUAUACUGAGCAUUUGUUGAAGCUAUUACAUUAUACCUUGGUGCAUAGACACUAAUUAUAACGUUGUGGUGUUAAAAAUGUGAUUUUGGUAAUGUCAGGGAAAUUUCAGAUAAAUAGGAAAACAGUAGUCGCGGAUAGAUUUUUGUGACAAUUUCUAAAAAAACAUAGUAAUUCUCGAUGAUGCUAUUAGUUAGACUUGAAAAGAUCAAAAUUUUUAACUUACAAUUAAUAGUCUAUUUUUAUUUAAAUAAAUAUUAUCUAGGUUUCUCAUAUUAAAAACAAUAACUUCUUUUUUUUAUAAAAUAUUUAAAAUGUUAUCUACUGAUUGCAAUGUAUUAACUAGUUUGUCGAGACAAUAGUUACAGAUAAAGUAUGUAAACUGAUUCGUCAAUUGAGAUAAACUGUAUUAGUUUUUGCAGCAGUAGUUCCUGUCUUUAGAAUUUUUUACAUUUUUUAGAAGAAAUGAAGGUAUAUAACAUGUAUCAAGUAUUUUGCCUAGAUUAACGCAUUUAUAUAUCCUAUUUACAAAAGUUCGACUGAUGCAUCUAAUACUUAUUACAGAAUACAGAUUUAUAAUUUUUCUGUAUUUUACGCAGUCUCGUUAAAUACAUGUGAAUUAUCAAAUUUGUAUAAUUAUUGUGAAAUGUUCAA